AUGGAUGAAUUACUUACCCUCGGACGGGCGAUCCCCAUGGUCAUCGGCAAAACCUCUGAAAUCUAUGGAGAGCUGCUCUCGAAGAACAACAAAGAGAACAUUUUGGCCACUGCUCAUGAUAGGGAAACGCACUCAUACGGUUCUCACCCGCGCCAACAGCUUGAUCUAUAUGAACCCUCGCUUUCAGCUGGUCCGGGACCCAGGCCUCUCAUCAUAUUCCUCUACGGCGGCGGCUUCAUUAAUGGAGAGAAAGUUUUGUCUCGUAUUCCGGGAGGCUUAGUAUACACAAACCUAGCUUAUUACUUCGUCGAGAAGCACGGGUUUGAAACCAUCAUUCCCGAUUACAGGCUGAACGGCAACGGAGGACAAUUUCCAUCUGGUGGUGAAGACAUUGCAGGUGUGUUGGAAUGGGUUGGUAAGAGAUAUGCUGGAAAGCAGAAGAAGCAGAUAUAUCUGUUUGGAAAUUCGGCUGGUGGCGUACACACUGCAACGUGGCUAUUAGAGGGAUCGUUUCGAUCAACACGCGAGCCUUUGGUAACGAUAAACGGCAAUGUGGAGUUAGCGGGUAUCAUCAUCAUGGGCGCUCUAAUGGAUUUCGUUGGAGCCCCCCCCCCACUCGCUUCAGUGCUUCAGGACCACUAUGGGAAGAACUAUGAAGAAAAGUCGCCUCUUAUGUUACUGAAGAAGGUUGGGAGUGCAAAAGAUCUAGCUGAAAAAUGGCCGCGACUUCUCAUCCUCAAUUCGGAGCUAGACCCUCCCGAUAUCAUCCAGUCGACCACGGAUUUCCUAUCAGGGUUGAGAACUCACGACCUGGCUGUUGACCACUUCGUCAUCCAAGGUCACAAUCACAUCAGCCCCCCGUUGGCUCUAGGGACAGGUAUUGCGCGUGAAGAGGAAUGGGGAGAAACGCUUGUUGCUUGGUGUAAAGAGUGUAGAUAA